AUGGCAGCAUCAGAGCUGAAGAGACAAAAAGGUCAGACAAGACGUCGACCGAACAAGUCAAGAUACAGGAAGAUACUUUUUUGGUGGGGUUUAGGUAGGCAAUCAUUCCUGAACACUUCAAAAUGGAUUCAGGAGGUUCGCACUGAACGAGGCAGUGACGUUAUAAUUGUCGUUGUCAGGAAUAAAACUGACCUUGUGGAUAAAAGGCAAGUCUCAAUAGAGGAAGGAGAAGCUAAAGCUCGUGACCUAAAUGUUAUGUUUAUUGAAACCAGUGCAAAGGCCGGCUUCAAUAUAAAGCCAUUAUUUCGGAAGAUUGCUGCAGCCCUACCAGGAAUGGAAACACUCUCUUCAACAAAGCAAGAAGACAUGGUUGAUGUCAAUCUCAAGUCUAGCAACCCUAGUUCAUCUCAGUCACAACAAUCAGGAGGAUGUGCCUGUUGAUAGUAUAGUGCCUGCUGCCAGACCUGUAAAUCUCUUAUUCUUAAUAUUAUUUAUAAAUUUUUGGGUGUGGUUGGUUUAUUUAAAAAAUUUAACUUAAAAACAGAUGGAUAUUAACAUGUGUCAUAUGUUAUCUGUAUUAUUCUUGUGUGGACCAACAGUGAGUAAAUUAUUUUUUUGCCAAAAUUUAUGUGAAGUAGUAUAUGUUUGGAUUCGACUCA